AUGCCUGUGAUGGAUGAUGACACAUGUACUGGAGAAGAGAGGCUGGAAAGUCUCCCAGCAGGUCUUUUUGAAAUGCACAUGUCUGGACACAGCUACAGUAUCUAUAAUUCUGUUUAUGCUUUGGCUCAUGCUUUGCAUGCCAUGGACUUUGCUAGAUCCAAACAUAAAUCAAAAGUAGUUGGUAACAGUGUCGAACUUCAGUCUCCGCAGCCUUGGCAGCUCCACCAGUUUCUUCAAGGCAUCUCAUUUAACAACUCAGCUGGAGAAACUAUGUCCUUUAGUGAUCAAUGGGAAAUGAAUGGUGGAUUUGACAUCAUGAAUUUGAUCACCUUUCCCAACAAUUCCUUUCAGAGAAUAAAAAUUGGAAGUGUUGAUACCUAUGCUCCUAAAGGGAACGUGGUUCCCAUUUCUUUGUGUAAUGCAUACUGCGAUCUUGGUCAUCAGAAGAAAAGGAAGGAGGGUGAGAAGUUUUGCUGCUAUGAUUGUGCCCCAUGUCCGGAGGGGAAGAUUUCAAACCAAACUGAUAUGGAAGACUGUUUCAAAUGCCCAGAAGAUCAGUAUCCAAGCAAGAAUAGAAAGCAAUGCAUCCCCAAAAUUAUACAGUUUCUGUCUUAUGAAGAACCUUUAGGCAAAGGCUUAGCUUCAGCUGCGGCUUCUUUUUCAUUCAUCACAACCUUGGUGUUUGCUACAUUCCUUAAACACAAAGAUACCCCCAUAGUGAAAGCCAACAACCGGGAGCUCAGCUACAUCCUCCUGGUUUCCCUCCUGCUCUGCUUCCUUUCCUCUUUGCUAUUCCUCGGCCAACCUGGGAAAGUGACCUGCCUUCUUCGACAACCAGCUUUCAGCAUCAUCUUCUCAGUUGCUGUUUCUUGUGUGUUAGCCAAAACCAUCAUUGUCUAUGUAGCAUUCAUGGCCAAACAACCAGGAUCAAGAGUGAAGAAAUGGGUGGGAGGGAAAAUUUCAUAUUCAAUUGCUGUUUCUGGUUCACUUCUUCAAAUGUGUUUUUGCACGGUGUGGCUCUCAACCUUUCCGCCAUUCCCUGAUUCAGACAUGAAUUCAGUAAAUGAAGAAAUCAUUGUACUGUGUAAUGAAGGGUCCGUCACCAUGUUCUAUUGUGUCCUGGGCUACAUGGGUCUUCUGGCCAUUAGCAGCUUCAUUGUGGCAUACCUUGCUCGCAAGUUACCUGACAGUUUUAAUGAAGCAAAAUUCAUUACCUUCAGCAUGGUGGCAUUUUGCAGUGUUUGGUUGUCCUUUGUUCCAACUUACCUGAGCACCAGAGGGAAAGGCAUGGUGGCUGUGGAGAUCUUCUCCAUCUUGGCCUCCAGUGCUGUGCUACUAGGAUGCAUCUUUUUCCCUAAGUGCUACAUCAUUGUGCUGAGGCCUGAACUGAACAGCAGGGAGCAGAUAAUAAGGAGACAGCAUUGA